GAGAAUGAUGGACAAUGGAGUGAUUCCCUUCAACACAGCUGGGGCACUGAGUCUCCUGCUGAGCUCUGGGCAUACUGGAUGAUCUCCAGGGCUCCUUUACAGUGCAACUUCAGCUCCAGUGCAGUAAUGAAACCAUCCAGAGAAGAGAGUUACAAAGAACCAUCUGAGAAGAUGCUUCAACAGCACUGACAGACAUUUUACUCAGUGGAGCGGAUCUCUUCCUGGGAACUGCUGGCACUUUGUACAAGACCUGAGAAGACAGGAUCUAGCUGUAUGCAUUGCUGAUCAGAAGACUUGCCAUAGGAGUGCAAAAAGCUUGCUUGCAAGAAAACUGAUUGUUGGCAUGGAAAAAAUUUCCAGAGAAGCCCUGUAAUUCUGAGAGUCGCCUUUCUAAAUACAGGUGACACAGCAAAUGAUGGUUUAUUUGCUUUCCUUGAGCAAGUUUUGGUGUGGCUGGAGAGCAAUGGGGAGACGAUGAAGAGGGAAGAGACUGUCUUUCCACAGUGCUGCACAUGCCUGAAGUGAGCUGGCCAUCACCUGUCUGGGGAGGGUGGAUGAUGGGUCCAAUUAUAACACCUGACCAUUAACUUCCAUUCGGAACCAUUUCAGUAGGCAACAUUCUUCUCUAAAGGGGCUCUCCUGCUAGACAGCAUCUGGAAAACUAAGUUGCAAUGAAAGACUCCUGUCUGUUUAUCCCAGAACAAAUUGAAGUUGACAGCAGUUGCCUAAAGAGGCAAAUGAGUUCAAGAACAUGACAACACCAUGCUCAGCAGAGCUUCUGGGAAACGAAUGCUGUGGAAGCAGAGCAGAAGAGCGCCUGCGAUAUUGCACAGUGCACCCACUGAUCAAACUUCAUAACAAGCAUGGUGUUCGUUGCUCAGAUGGCUCUGCCACCUCCAGAUCCACAGUUUGUGCUCAGAGGGACCAGUGCUGCAGUCCACACUCUGCAUUUUUCCUGUGGAGGCCAAGAAACUGACGUCGCCACUCUUUUCUCUGGGUCUGAGAAUGGGUUUAUCCAUGUCUGGAACCUGAAAACACAUAGAGUGGACACAGCGUUGGAUGGCCAUGGAAGGAGGUCUGUCUACUGCGUGGAGACAAUGGGCAGCAAAGACAGGCUCCUCAGUCAGGGUCGUGACCAGAGGAUCUGCUUGUGGAAUUUAGCAGAGGGACGGACUUCAGUGAUGGAUUCUAUCUUCACAGAGAAUGUGGGAUUCUGCAGAUGCUCUCUGUUAAAGGUGGCACAGGAACGCUGGCUAAUGGCCAUGGCAGCCAAAGCCCUUGAGGAGGUUCAGGUUUUGGAGCUGCCAUCCAAGACGUCAGUAUGUACCUUGAAGCCAGAGGUGGGUGCCAAGCUGGGCAUGCCUAUGUGUCUGAAGUUAUGGCAGCUCAGCGGUGGUGCACAACCUCUGCUUCUGGCUGGCUAUGAAGAUGGAUCGGUGGUCCUUUGGAAUUUAUCAAUGGGAAAAGCAUUGAGCCAACUUGUUUGCCACUCGGAGCCAGUGAUGAGCCUUGACUUUGACUCGGAGAAGGCCAAGGGGAUCUCAGGCUCAUCUGAAAAGGUGCUUAGCAUCUGGAGCCUCAAUGAGCAACAGAACCUCCAGGUUUAUAAAACACACAAACUUGUCAAUGCUGGCAUAUCUGAUAUCACUAUCCGUCCAGACAAGAAGAUUUUAGCAACAGCAGGGUGGGAUCAUCGCAUCAGGAUCUUCGGCUGGAAAAAAAUGAAGCCCUUAGCAGUUCUGGACUUCCACACAGCAACUGUCCAUUGCGUGUCCUUCUCCGAUCACAGAAACCCCAGGGAAAGACUGCUGGCAGCUGGCUCAAAGGAUCACCACAUCAGUAUCUGGUCAAUAUAUACUCAGACGUGACAUGUUCUGCACUGUCAUGGCCUAGGAAAACGGGACUGGUGAAGCAGCUCUUCACACUGUAAUUCAAAUCUGGAUGUGGGGAAGUAGCAGAAUGUAUUUCCAGGCUGAAGUGGGUGUCCUAGGUUAAUGUUUAUGCUGCUUAUUCAAGCUGCAGGCUUUCCAGAGAGGGAAGUGGAAUUUUAAAAUCCGUAACAAGCAGAGCAAUGCCAGUCACCAACAAAGACAGAACAAGUCACUUUUCUACUACAGGUUUGGCAACAGCUUUUCUUUGGCAGGUUGCUUAAACAACUUGUGCCAACAUCUUCUGUUGUGAAAAAGGACUGGAAUUCCUCAGACUGCCACGGGGGCGGGAUACAUCUGUUUGUAAGUCAUUUAUGUAUCCAAGAAUCUGAGUCUGUGUAAAAUAUCACUCUU